UUUUUUUUUUUUUAGUAUGAUUUGAUCCGGUUGUUGUAUUUGAAGAAGAAAUCGAAUCCAAGUGUUGGGAUUUAGAUUUGGGGUUUUCUCAUUUUGUUUAGCUUCUUAUUUGUGAAUCCAAGUUUGGCUGAUUCAUUUCGUAUUUGUGCUUCUCUGUUUUUGGUUUUGGUUUCGAUCGAUAAAGUUUUGAUUUUUAUCUUCAUGCCUCUGGGGGAACAAGGUCUGUCUGGUUUACAAAAAGUCUCUGAGAUGUCAAGUGGAACAGUGAGAAGGGUUUCACGUCAAGAUAUACAACUGGUGCAAAACCUUAUAGAACGAUGCCUCCAACUUUACAUGAAUCAGAAAGAAGUUGUGGAUACUUUACUGGAGCAGGCUAAAAUCGAGCCUGGGUUCACAGAACUAGUUUGGCAGAAGCUUGAAGAAGAGAAUCGGGAGUUUUUCAAGGCUUACUAUCUUAGGCUAAUGGUUAAACACCAGAUAAUGGAAUUCAAUAAGUUGCUUGAGGAGCAGGUUCACCACAUGCGUCAGAUUCAUCCAACUGGGGUUGCUUCCAUCCAAAAUACAAAUGGUUCUCAUCUUCAAUCAAUGAAUCAGAAACAAUUACGCUAUCCCUCUGAGCACACUGAUCAAUCUUUGAAGUCUGGUAGUGCACAUCAUCCUAUGGCUCCUAGUCUGUCUAAUGCGUUCCUCAAUGGCUCUUCAACACUCAAUACAAAUGUGCCCUCUUCUAUAAACAUAUCAACCCAUGCUAGGAGAGUUGAUGCUUCUCCAAAUAUGCUCUCAUCGCAGACCACAAACAUGCCUAUGAUGCAAGGAAUGAAUGGCGGAAUGAUCAAGUCUGAGACUGCCUUUACAAACCCUGCUUCAUACAUGUAUGGUGGUGAACGGAAUGCCCUCGAAGGACAUCCCACAGUUGGAGAUGCUUCACUUCCUAAUUUCAGUAACGAGUCAAACAACCAACCCCUUAGUGAUCCGCUUCUUGAUGCAGAAGCUUCUACUUUUGGGUUCUUAGGCCAAAUCCCUCGGAACUUCAGCCUCUCUGAUUUGACAGCUGAUUUUUCCCAGAGCUCAGAUAUUCUGGAGAGCUACGAUAGAUCACCCUUCCUUGUACCGAAUGCUGAAAACUUUCUGGACUCCCGUGAAAGGGGAGAAUAUCAAGGAGACAACAAGAGAUUGGAUACCAUAUCUGAAGGUUUCAGUUACGAAAACAUCGGGAGCGAGUAGUUAGGUAACAGGUUUUGCUUUAUAAGUUUACUCAUAACGUAGGACACGUUUGUGUACAAAAGAUUUAGCUUGUGAUGUUUGUCCUUGCAAAGACUAUUUGGUGGUGGGUGUAUAAAAAGGGCUUUCCAUUAACAUUUUUACUACUCUAGACUUAAGUUUUAGUAAUAAGAGUAAGAAGAUCAAGUAGUAUUCAGUGUGUGAUUUUGUCUCUUUUCUCUUGUGUGUUAGUUAACUUUUUACUUGUUACAAUUGUUAAUGUUUAUUUUUUUUAAACAAGUGUUUUGGAUAUUGUUGUGAAGGCCAAGGAUAAAUUCAAAAUAAGGAACCAGAAAUUAUA